CCGUUCAUAUUGAAAAUAACUCUGGACACGAAGAGAUGCCUGGAAGCAAAUGGAUCGAAAAUCGAGAGAGCAAGUUUGGACCGCGUUACAUACGAAGGCAACGAUUCAAAUUUGAAACUAACGAGAAAGAUAGUAGAGGAGGGGGAGGUGCAUGAGAUACGUAGAUCGAAAUCAGUGAUCGAUCUAUCCGUCGAAACUCAAACAGCCGAAAGAACUAGAAGACGAAUCAAAAUCAGACAGUAUUGGAGUGAGAGAAUAAAACCAUCGAAAAAGUCUAUCGACGAGGAAGAAGAACCGAGAAAGACUCUAAAGAAGGUCGAAAGAAACGACUCGUUUAUCAAACGAUUCGUCAAAAGUUCGAAGGAAAAUAUCACCGAGGGAUGCGAGAGAUUGGUCAGAAACAUUCGUAAGAGUCCUCGUCUUUUAAAGAAAAAAUUACAUUUGGGUAAAAGCGACGAUGAUUCGAGUAAUUUGAAAAACGACGAUAAUCAUCGUAGACCUGUGCCACCUGUUAGAAGAAAAGGAUCGAGAAAUAGGCCGCUUCUAUGCGAAUUGGACUUAUUGAGAAAACCUAAGGAAUUGGUAGUAUUGAGUAAAGAUAGGAAACACGAGGAAGAUUCAUCGAGAUCUAAAAGUGUUUCGAUCGAGGACGUAGAAGAUUUGAUUCGUUCGGAAGACAAUCUUCGUUUAUUGGAAGAGCGUGUACAUCUAAGAAGACGUUUUGAGAAGAAAAAGGAAUCUAAGGAUUCACUUUUAGCUGAUUACUCGCCUGUUGUACAUAGACGUUAUUACACACGUUCCAAGUUAUCGCGAGAAAAGGAAAAAGAAGAAGAAGGAGGAAUAAAUGUUAGUGAAUCUGAAAGUAAGUUGUUAGAACGGUGCAAGUUCGAAAGGAAAGUGAAAUAUUCUCCGGCGUCGGACAAAGAAGAUAGGAAGGAGAAGAAGAAGGAGAAAGAAGAAGAGGUUCAUAGGUCAUCGAGAUAUAAACGACAAAUCUGUGAUAACGCUAACGAGUCAUUCGAUCUCGAAGAAAUUUCAACGACUGCUGGACAAUUGUCGAUAGUUGGAAAGAGUAGUAGUAGUAGUAGUAGUAGUAGUGACCAGUUGCAUGCGCGCGCUUCGAGCACGUCGUCCGACGUAAAAUGCAAACUUGCAAAUUUGUCGGAUGCACGAGGAGUAGAAGAAGAAGGAGAAGAGAAACGGCGAGAACGACAACGACCACGACGACAACGAUUACGACUACAACAACGAUCGCAGCGGCGACUUCGACGACGGCAACAACAACAACAACAAAAGCAAAAGCAACAACAACGAAAAGGGUCAGGACGACGAAUAGACGAGCUACGUCGACCCCUGCGAGAACAAAGUGAGGAGAAGGAAGCGAAGGAGGAGGAGGAGGAGGGGGAGGAGGAGGAGGAGGAGGAAGAGGAGGAGGAGGAAGGAGAAGAAGAAAAAGAGGAGGAAAGUGAAGUUAACAGUUCACAGUUAUCAGUCGAGCAAUUAUCGCCGUUAAUAGAAACACCAAGAAUUUCGAUAGGAGAUCUUGAGGAUGAAAAAAGUAUUCUCUUAGAUGAAACCUCGAACGAACCUCGAUCGAGUAUAAAAGAAGAAAGUGUCAAUUUGAAAUCACCGUCGUCUAUCGAUGUUACCGUUGGCGAUGUUUUACGAUCCGUGACUGUUCUACGAAACGAUUCCAUCGAAAAGAGUAUCAUCAACGAUAGGAUCGAAUCGUCGAAGAACGACGAGAAGAUCGACAAAAACAAAAGUAACAGUAGUGGUAGUAAUUGUAUAAAGUAUCAAGCAUCGAAAUCGAGUGACUCGAAGAUGAAAAUGACGAUUAGAAUUAUCAGAAUUCGCGACAAACUGAUGCUCGGUUUGAGCGCGUUUGUGAUCCUAUUCACCUUACUUUUGGUGAUGGAUCUUCAAAUGGAUCUCGGUUACAGUGGACAUCAUUUGGUACCAAGCCACGGUCGUGUCAGAAUCGGUGACGAUCCCAACGUCGAAACCGUUUACACCGGAUUUAGACGAAAAUUUUUACAACGUACCAAUGCUAGUAAAGAACAAUACGACGCGUCCACGUACACGCGUUCUGUCAAAGACAUUACCGUUUCACCGGGAACUGAAAAAUCUGAUAAACACGACGAUUUUGCCGAUUUAAUCGAAUUCGUUACGAACGGUUUUGAUAUUAACGCCGACGAGGGUGUUGUUAGGAUUAGUGCUGAAGAUCAUAGUUAUAAUCCAACCUUGGGAGAACUCAGACACGUUGUCUUAGGAAAAAAUGCCACAACUCUGGAAAAAUUUCAUCUACAAAUCUCCAGGACGGAAUUAUAUCCAAAAGAUUCUAUUUACGUGGAUGAAUUGCUACGUCAAAUGGCAACGCAAACUAUCACUCACGUUGUUCAGAAGGAAGGUGGUACUCAAUUGAAAUUAGUCAUCGAUUAUGCGAACAACAUGCAAGCACUUUUCAAGCCAAUGAGGUUUCCGCGAGAGCAACAAACUUUACCAAAUCAUUUCUAUUUUACCGAUUUCGAGAGACACACGGCAGAAAUCGCAUCUUUUCAUCUCGACAGAUUGUUCGGUUUUCGACGAGCAAUGCCGGUGACGGGAAGAACGUUGAAUAUAACAACAGAGAUUUACAACAUAGCCGAUGGCGAACUACUCAAGACCUUCUUCGUUAGCCCUGCAGGUAACCUUUGUUUUCACGGGAAGUGCAGUUACUACUGUGACACGGCGCACGCGGUUUGCGGCAAUCCGGACACCUUAGAGGGUAGUUUUGCGGCUUUCCUGCCAAACAAAUCUUUCGCUACGAGGAAAGCUUGGAGGCAUCCUUGGAGAAGAAGUUACCACAAACGGAGGAAAGCUCAAUGGGAGCAUGACUCGCAAUAUUGUUCACUGGUGAAAGAGAUACCACCUUACGACGAGGGUCGGAGACUUCUCGAUUUGAUGGACAUGUCAGUCUUUGAUUUUCUAACUGGGAAUAUGGACCGACAUCACUACGAGACAUUCAAGAUAUUCGGGAACGACACGUUCACCCUUCACGUUGAUCAUGGUCGUGGCUUUGGGAAACCCUUUCACGAUGAGACAUCUAUUCUAGCACCUAUCUUGCAAUGCUGCAUGAUCAGACAGAGCACCCUGGCCACCUUACUCAAAUUUCACAAUGGACCGACACGUUUGAGCGUAGCCAUGAAGCAGAGUAUGGCAAGGGAUCCAGUUGCACCAGUUUUAUGGGAGCCCCAUUUGACCGCUUUAGAUCGAAGAGUUGGAAUAAUUUUACAAGCUAUCAGAGAUUGCGUAAACCGCGAGGAUUCCGACCAAUUGGUCGUCCAAUCUGAGAAAAAAAAGAAAACUGCAAAAUCCUAACCUUUUUAUUUGACGAAAAGCACACAAAUCCAAAAUCCUCUCUCUGAUGGACGUAUCGUAUGUACAUACAAAUGUAUAAUAAUAAUCAUUACUAUUAUUAUUA